AUGUUUACUAUUAAGGAAAGUGGCAAUUUGAAUAGUGUUGACUUUUCAAGUGAUUUUACAAUGUAUUGCGGAAUUUCAGAAGUUGAUAGGACUACGCCAUGUCAAUCAACAGCAGCAUCCAUCCAUUACUAUUCAACGGAAAAAAAUAAUAAUCAUAGCCUAGAUGAUCAAAAUAAUCGUAAUAGAUUUUGUCAGCGACAUUCUUAUUAUAAAAUUAAAAAACAUGAAACAUCCACAACUAUUACGAAAAGGAAGCGAAAACGAACAAUGUUUACAACGGAACAGAUCAUUGCUCUCGAAGAAGUAUUUAACAAGCGACCGUAUAUUAAUCGAGAAGAAAGAAUAUCCAUGAUGAAAAAACUGCAUGUAAGCGAGAAAUCUAUCAAAGUGUGGUUCCAGAAUAGACGUCGGUUGACGGACAAAAGGAGUAAAGAGUAUGGAUCCGAUUCGCUAUCAUCAGAAGAUAUGUCGGAUACAUUUUCAGAUAGACUAACAACAAUUGAAUCUAGUAUAAAUCAAAGAACCGACAAAUUUGGACUUGUGCGAUUAGACAAUAGUACCCUGAAUGAAUUAGUCAACGUUAUAAAUGAAUAUUUGUCCCAGGAUAUUGAACAUACAGAACCAAUUGUCAAUGAAACUAAAGUCAUAUAUGAACCUAUAUCACCAGUGAGCUUGUCCGAAAAUUCAGAAGAUAUUUAUGUAACUCCCCAAUUCGAAUCAUUAUCAAACCAAGUAACAGAUUUAGAAUCGUUAUUAUUCUUUUAA